GUGGCGAAAGAAUGCUGAGAAAGUGGGUGGAGGAAGAGUAAAAAAGCCCCAAAAAUUAAAGAAGGCAGACAGUGUGAGCUCGGGAGAGAGAGUGGUGCGCAGGCGCAGUGGCUGCCGAUGUGCCAUAUUGGAAUGAGGCAGUGAGCAGCGGUGGGGGGUGAAUAGCUGAGAAGCACAGGGGAAGAGAGCAGCGCACCGGGCCCUGCAAAUCUUCCUGGAAAAAGUCUGGACGGGAACUCGUUUGAUGUCAUGGUGAGGUCUCAACAAGAUCCUUGUAAGUAGUCGCCAUUCCCCUCUUGGACAUCCCGCUGAGAUGAACCUCCAGGAACAGCCCGCCACAGAUGCUGACUUCAACCUGGAGGAGGCAGAAUUUAACUGGGAAGAAUAUCUGGAGGAGACGGGGUGCAUUGCUGCUCCUCACAGUUUCUUCAAACAUGUCGACACAUCUCUAAAAAAUGGCUUGUCCCCAGGAAUGAGGUUAGAGGUCCCUCACGGAACAGAAUCUCAGGUUUACUGGAUUGCCAACAUCAUCACCACUUGUGGGAAGCUGCUUCUUCUAAGAUAUCUUGGUUGUGGGGAAGACAGGUCUGCUGAUUUUUGGUGUGACAUGGUGACUUCUGACCUUCAUCCCCUUGGCUGGGCCCAGCAGAAUGGGAAGUCCCUAAGACCACCAGAAGGAAUAAGAGAGAAGCUGCAAAACUGGGAGGAAUUCUUGGCUGAAAAUUCAACUGGAGUCAGCAGUGCACCCGCUCACUUGCUAGAGGGCCCUCACCGGGGAAAAGACCCUCUUGACCUAUUUGGCCCUGGGUCCAAGCUGGAGCUUCAACACUGUCGGGAUUCUAUUGUGGCCUGGCCUGUUAGGGUACUUGAGAACACUGGAGGGAGGUUACAGCUCCAGUAUGAAGGGGUGUCUGAUUGUGUAUGGCUCUUCUAUCUCCACCCGUCACUUCACCAGGUCGGAUGGGCAGCUCAACAUAAAUAUGAUAUGCAACCACCUCAAGCCAUAUCACACCUGAAGAGUGAGGAGGAGUGGAAGGAAAUAUUGACCAAGUGGGAAACGGACCCCGGAGACUGUGUACCAGCCGAGUUCUUCCAGGAGCAGCUUCCAUUACCUGUCCAUUCCUUCUUGGCAGGGAUGAAAGUUGAGGCCCUGGAUCCCUCCAACCCAUCAUGCUUCAUGCCAGCUACAGUCACUAAGGUGUUCAGUGAACGGUACUUCAUGAUUGAGUUUGACGACCUCAGACCUUUGGACUCAAAAACGAGUCGGCCUUUGUUGUGCCACUGUAAUAGCACUGGAAUCAUCUCUGUUGGCUCAAGUCAGAAGAUGGGGGUGCCCCUUCGCCCCCCACCUGGGUACUCGGAAGAGGAAUUUGAUUGGGAUAAGUAUUUGACUCAUUGCGAGGGCUCAGCUGCUCCUGAGAGUAACUUCCCUAUGCCACAACCGCAGAGCGAUCAUGUCUUCCAGGAACAAAUGAAACUAGAGGCCGUCAACCCUUUCCAGCAAGAGGAUAUCUGCAUAGCUACAGUCACCCAAGUCAUGGGCCCUUAUAUCAGGCUGCAGUUGGAAGGCUCUAAGCUGCCCAUUGCAGAGUGCAUUGUGCAUGUGGAAUCCAUGGACAUCUUUCCAAUGGGCUGGUGUGAGACCAACGGACACCUUCUGUGUGCCCCUCCUCGAACUAAAGUAAGUCCACCUAAGGAAACGGUUACCACUCAGCAUGAAAAGCCAAUCCCAUCCUCCAAGAAUGUGAAUGGUCUAAGCACAACAGAGCCUGCACCCUGCAAAUUUAACUCCAAUGGGAAGUACCUCUGCCCAAAGAUAUACUUCAACCACCGAUGUUUUUCUGGGCCGUAUCUGAACAAGGGGAGAAUAGCAGAACUGCCGAAAUCUGUUGGGCCUGGCAGCUGUGUUCUGGUCUUAAAAGAGGUCCUAUCUUUGCUCAUAAAUGCUGCUUAUAAACCCAGCCGAGUGUUACGGGAACUUGAACUGCAGGAAGAUUCUUCAUGGCCCCAACACACAGAAACUAUCAAAGCAAAGUAUAAAGGGAAGACCUACAGAUCUACAGUGGAGCUUGUGAGAACAUCAGACCAAGUGCCUGACUUCUGCCGAAAAACCUGCCUCAAACUGGAAUGCUGCCCUAAUCUAUUUGGACCUCAAAUGGUGCUGGAUCAGUGUUCAGAAAACUGCUCUGUUUUAACAAAGACCAAGUACACUCAUUAUUAUGGGAAGAGACGUGGAAAAAACCUUACCAAUCCUACAGGGAUUCUGCGAAGCAUUGAAGCUGCCCUGAAAAAGCCAGCUAAAAAAAGGAGAAGAAGGAAAAACUUCUUUGUGCACAAAAAGAAGCGCAUGUCAACUUCAGUGGAUAACACACCUGGAGGGAGUCCGCAGGGGAGUGAUGAAGAGGAGGACGAGGAGGAUGAAGAUGAUUCCCAUAGUAAGGAUCAACAGGAAGGGUCGGAAAUCUCAGGGAAGGGCUCCUCCUCCACAUCCCCUACUAGGAGUGAACACUCCCUAAGCACUGAGAAGAAGAGAAGCCAUUUGUUCUCAGACAAUGAGAAACUACUUACAAAGGACAUUCGGAUAGAGCUGAAGGAACCUCUCAUCCUGGACAGUAGUCCGUUGGAUUGGACUGUCAACGACGUCAUCCAGUAUAUCAAAUCCACAGACUGUGCUAAUUUGGCAAAGCACUUUCAGGAACAGGAAAUUGAUGGGAAGGCGCUGCUCCUCCUCACUCUCCCUGCUGUGCAGGACUGCAUGGAUCUCAAGCUCGCUGCUGCUGUCAGACUCUGUUACCACAUAGAGAGGGUAAAGCUGGCUUUCUACCAGAGCUUGUCCAGCUAAGGCAUGUGGGAGGCAUCAUUGCCACCCAUUUACUACAGGAAGCUUAUUGAUAAUCACCGCAGUUCAAAGAAUAUUUUUUUAUUAAAAUGGUUGUGCUGUCACCCUACGCAAAUUGACGCAGGAUAAAUGGAAUUCACGUGCCCUAACUGGGAGGAUUCCUAUAGUCACGCAUUUCACACUUGUGCUCUCACGCGCUGAGAAUGCUGGGGAAUGUAGUUAUUAACAGCUGCAGUAUUAAACCACAAGUUUAAUAUUGCUGCCUUAAGUGAUUUGCACUUUUGUAAGUACUGACGUGGUGUUUACAC